AUGGAGGAAUUUCUUUCGCCCGGAACAUUCUCUAGUGCUGAUGAAUAUGCUGUUAAUCCGCGGUUUCUUGAACUGCAAGAAGAACUCAGAAGCGUUCUUUUCAACAGUCUCGACCCAAGCAGCUACACAUCCCCCCCAUCAGAGCCACUGGGGGCGACAGAAACAGCGAGAACAAUUCACCUAGAUUUUACCCGUGUCUCCAUCCCCAAAAUCCAUCUUGUUCAAUAUCUUGAAAAUUGGAUUACAGAAUGCGCGCCUUACCUCGAUAAAUUUGAUGAGACAAGAACUUUUGGUGUGUAUCUUCCAGUUUUGGCGAAUAAACACCCUGCCCUCUUAUACGCUAUUCUUGCUUUCUCUGCUCGUCAAAUGGAACGCAAAGCUUCCCUCGAAAAGGCAUAUGAGAGUCUAGAGCUCUAUCAAGUGUCUAUCCGCCUCCUUGGCCCAUCUCUCCAGGCCAAAGACCCAAAUGCUUUGGCUACCGGGGUCGUUUUGGCCGUUAUGGAGCUGAUGUCGGUCUCCCCGAGAGAUUGGAGGCGUCACGUCGAAGGCUGCGCUGCGCUUUUUGACUCUUUCAAUGUGAACGGACUAUCAGGUGGUCACCUCCAAGCCGUAUUCUGGUGCUAUGCACGCAUGGAGCUAUGUGGAGCUAUGAUUUCCAACGGCACAGAAAGUACAGUCCUACCCUUGGAGAAAUGGGUACCAGCCGUGCCUGAAGCAGCUACCCCCAUGGAAUGCGAUAUUAUAAUUCGGGAUCUGUUCUGUGAGAAAGGCAUUGUCUCUCCAGAUAUGCACGCAAAUUGGUCAGUUUAUCUCUGUGCCAAAACAUGUCACCUUUCUUGUCGAAAUACACGAUACGUUGAGCUGGGUGAAGUGGUCGAUGAUCCUCGUUCUUUCCUAGAUCGAUGGACCUCUCUGUGGAAUGAAUUGCAAUAUUGGCGCGAAAAAAGACCGCGAUCUAUGUUACCUCUUAAGACGAUAGGCCAAAAUCAUUCCACUUUCCCCGAAAUCCUCUUCCCACACUGGGCAGCUAUCUCAGCUAACCAGCUGUACCAUACUGCUUGUAUAAUUAUGCUCGAUAUGAGGCCAGUGCAGCAUGUCGUUCCACCGUCAAGUCCGAUUUACUCUUCUAUUUACCAUUCGCGGAGAGUUUGUGGAAUCUCUCUUACGAAUCCUCACAGUGGCAGCUUGAUCAACGCUAUUCAGCCGUUAUAUAUUGCAGGCAAGCUGCUCAGUCACCACAGUGAGCAUGUUGAGGUGGCAAGGCUGUUCAAGACCGUCGAGGAGACUACAGGCUGGGGGGCACUUUGGAGAUUAAAGGAUUUGGAACGCGCUUGGGGUUAUGAAGCCGGCGAGCUAUUAUCAGCGAUCUGA